AUGGAAGGUGAUUUGGUGGCUGGUGACUUCAAUGCCUACAGACUCCGAGAUUCGAGCAACACUCGGUCUGACAACGUGAAUAGUGUAGUGCGAGUGACGUCACUGGAGAUUGUCCUUGUCCUCGGUACGAACGAUGUUUUCUCGGCUCCUCCAUCGGCAAUCGUGGAGAAGAUCGUAGACCUGUGCCAGGAGUUCCACGAGUGUUCACCGAGCGGACACGGGAUUGCUGGAACGGUUUCGGGCGUUGAAGCAGCGAUCCAUUGCGGUGAUGAACUUUGGUUUGGCGUUGGUAUGGAGGUGUCGGAGCGGGACCAGAAUAAACCAACGCUCGCUACCGCUCGCUACCGCUCGCUACCGUUAAGCCAACGCUAUAGCAACGCCGGCUUCAGCGGUCCUCGGCGUGAUCUCCUGAGUCGUGAUGGUCUCCAUCUAAGCUAUGACGGCACUGAGACGAUGGAAAGUGCGAUCGAGAACGCUGUCAAUACGGCUCUGACCCUGCGUACCGGUGCUCCUCCAUCCACGGCUCUGUCCCCGCGUACCGGUGCUCCUCCUACCACGGCUCUGUCCCCGCGUACCGGUGCUCCUCCUACCACGGCUCUGUCCCCGCGUACCGGUGCUCCACCUACCACAGCUCUGUCCCCGCGUACCGGUGCUCCACCUACCACGGCUCUGUCCCCGCGUACCGGUGCUCCACCUACCACGGCUCAGACCCCGCGUACCGGUGCUCCACCUACCACGGCUCUGUCCCCGCGUACCGGUGCACCUCCUACCACGACUCUGUCCCCGCGUACCGGUGCUCCUCCUACCACGGCUCUGUCCCCGCGUACCGGUGCUCCUCCUACCACGGCUCUGUCCCCGCGUACCGGUGCUUCUCCUACCACGGCUCUGUCCCCGCGUACCGGUGCUCCUCCUACCACGGCUCUGUCCCCGCGUACCGGUGCUCCUUCUACCACGGCUCAGACCCCGCGUACCGGUGCUCCUUCUACCACGGCUCUGUCCCCGCGUACCGGUGCACCUCCAUCCACGACUCUGGCUCCGCGACCUGGUGCUCCUCCUACCACGGCUCUCAUUUUAAUGACUGCGGAGUGUUUGCUAUUGCCUUUGCAACUGAACUUGUUUUAA